GAAAAGGGACAGCCCUCUGCAGAGGGAUUAGGCGUGGAAAUCAAGGUGGGGCAGAAGGAGGAGGUUACCUCUGAGGAGGCCAGAGAGGAGGUAGACCAGCAAGAAAUGGAUUGGACCAGGAGGGGUGGGGCCAGUGGGCUCCACCCCCUUCUGCACCCUUUCCACCUUGGGAGCCCUGGGACCGCUUUGCGAGGUGUACAAACCAGGUGCCCUGGAGGGGCCAUGGUGCCAAGCCAGUUGUGGGGGAGACUGAAGAAGCCCUUUCUCUUCCUGAGCAGCGCCUUCCUCCUCCUGGGCCUGACUUUGCUGAGCAUACGGCCAAACCUCACCCAUUUGGCUUAUAUCUUCCUCAUCUUUGCUGGCAUUCUCUUCUUGGGGUGUCUACUGGCUGCUUUUGUGGAAUGGCGCCUCCGAUCAAUGCAGAGAGCAAGGCAGUCUGUGGAGACCGAGAGCCAAGGGACCUCAGUCAGUGGACGAGACAAUGAAGCUUUUGAGGUACCAACCUAUGAGGAGGCAGUGGUGACAUCAGAGACACAGAACGUCCCCCAAGAAGAGGAUCAGCCACCACCUGCUUACUGCAGUGUUGUAGUCUGCUCAGGACUGGACAGCGGACAGGCUCCCCAACCAGAGAGACCCAGGACAGGCAGAUUGGAAAAUCGUGCGGGCUCUGAGGGGACCAUGGCUCAGGGAGGAAACCAUGGAAGACCCCUUAUCAGCCUCAGGCUUCGGGGACCACGUGUUGUAUCUACAGCUCCCGAUUUGCAGAGCAUGAGAGGGACCCCCAAGGUGGAGCCCCUGACUCCACCCCCUGCCUAUGAUGACUGUUUUGCUCGCCCCGAUGAUGAUAAUGUUUUCUAUGAAGACAGCUGGUCACACGCCUAAAGGACUAGCUCAGGACUUCCCUCUCUCCACAGCAGACCCACUGACUCACAUGACCAGCAUUUUAGGGUCAGAGACAUUUCUACCUGUCAGGAACUGCAUUUCCACCUAAAUAUCAUAAAUGGAGACUUGGAACCAGAGAAGAAGGCCAUGUAGGCGACACAAUGUGAGUCUUCCUGCAACGCUGACUGACCUGCCCAUGUCCAGUAUUUCCAGGUAGAGCGAAGAUGAAGAGCAGGAGCCUGGAGAAGGAAGAAAAGAAGUGAGGCGAAGCUGUGUUAUAUCCGCCAUGGAUGCUCUGCCUCGAUCUGAUGCCUCAGUUUUUCAGUCAUGUGAGGUAUUCUUAACCUCUUUAGAAAAUGAGGACCCAAGGAUUAGAGGAUUUGGAUAAUUUGCACAUGAAUACACUGCCAGUAACAUUUAAAAAAAAAAAAAGCAUUAACAGACUUAUAUUCCAAAGCC